UCCUGGGUGUGUCCUCGUCUUCGGUACCUCCUGGUCCCUGUUCUUGCUGCUACUUUGUAGUAGUGUACGGAUAUACUUGCUGGCACGAAUACCGGUACCGAUACCUAGGAAAGCGGCAGCGAAAUAGAGCAAAGGAGCAACGACGGAGCAGCAGCAACGGCAACCGGGAUGGAUGGGAAAUCGCUGGUUCCCUCUGGCCGUCUGUGAACAAGGAUGCGAUGCCCAUGCCAUGCCUAUCUUCUUCUCUCUCCAUGCCAUGCUCCCAUCCAAUCCACAUUGAGGUCCCGCAUUGCCCAUCUCCAAGACUCCAUCCCAUCCCAUCCCAUCCUAUCCACGCACCACGUCCCAUCCCAUCCCAUCACGCAUCGUCUCUCACCCAUCCAUCCCCUAUCCCGACUGUCCAGCGUUGUGGUCCACAGUCCGCAGUCCACAACUCUCGGACGGCACCGUCGACGGAGAAGAAGGAGGGGAGUAACAAGAAAAAGAGCCAAGACCCUGGAGGAUAUAUCAAGAAAGAGCCCCUGUGCCCUACCCGCUGCAUUUUCCACUUGAAAUCGUCCGUUCAACCAUUACUGUGGUACUGUUGCUGUAUUCGUGCGCUUUGCCCUCACCUUCGUUGGAGAUUGAUGAAUUCCGGGUUUGGAUAAACCUGCCGCUCGCUCCACGUCUGCCCAGCUUCUUCACAUUAAACUACUCCAGAUCUCCCCCUCCCAAAGCUCUU